GGGGCGUGGUCCGAGGGGGCGUGGCCAGAUCGCCUAUAAGAAGCCCGGCGGGGUCGGGCGCGCUCCAUUGGUGACGCCCCCGGGUUGAGCGUGUGUUGCUGGUGUUGACCACGCCUAGGCGCUCCCCGUGCUCAGGUCUGUGGUGAGGUGAGAGCUGUUGAGCAAUGGCAUUUAAGGUUUGGUGUGCCCUAGCCCUGGGAUUUCUGCUGCAUUUCUCUUGUGCCCACACGGACUUCUUCACUUCCAUUGGUCAUAUGACAGACUUAAUUAAUACAGAAAAAGAUCUGGUCGUGUCACUCAAAGAUUAUAUCAAGGCAGAGGAAAGCAAGCUGGAGCAGAUCAAAAAAUGGGCAGAGAAGUUGGAUCAGCUAACAGCUACUGCCACAAAAGACCCGGAGGGGUUUUUGGGCCAUCCUGUGAACGCAUUCAAGUUGAUGAAACGGCUCAACACAGAGUGGGGUGAACUGGAAAGCCUGGUCCUCAAGGACAUGUCAGAUGGCUUUAUCUCCAACAUGACAAUCCAGAGGCAGUUCUUCCCGAAUGAUGAGGAUCAGACUGGUGCAGCCAAGGCCCUCCUGCGGCUCCAGGACACCUACAACCUGGACACAGAUACGCUCUCAAGAGGGAACCUGCCAGGUGUGAAGCACAAAUCCUUUCUAACAGCUGAAGAUUGCUUUGAGCUGGGGAAGAUUGCCUACACUGAGGCUGACUACUACCACACGGAGCUGUGGAUGGAGCAAGCCCUGAAGCAGCUGGAUGAGGGAGAAGUCUCCUCUGCAGACAAAGUCUACAUCCUGGAUUACCUGAGCUAUGCUGUGUAUCAGCAGGGGGACCUGGGCAAGGCCAUGGCACUCACCAGGCGCCUCCUGGAGCUGGAUCCUGAACAUCAAAGAGCAAACGGGAACAUGAAAUACUUUGAAUACAUCAUGGCUAAAGAAAAGGAGGCAAACAAGUCCAGCACAGAUUCAGAAGAGCAGCAGGAGAAGGAAACUGAGGUUAAGAAAAAGGAUUACCUGCCUGAGAGAAGGAAGUACGAAAUGCUGUGCCGUGGGGAGGGGCUCAAAAUGACUCCCCAGAGACAAAAGAGACUCUUCUGCCGCUAUUAUGAUGGUAACAGGAAUCCCAGAUACAUCCUGGGCCCUGUAAAGCAGGAGGACGAGUGGGACAAGCCUCGGAUCGUUCGCUUCCUGGACAUCAUCUCUGAUGAAGAGAUCGAGACUGUGAAGGAGCUUGCAAAGCCCAGGCUGAGGCGAGCCACCAUUUCAAACCCCAUAACGGGAGCCUUGGAGACGGCACAUUACAGAAUUAGCAAAAGCGCGUGGCUCUCAGGGUAUGAGAGCCCGGUGGUGUCUCGCAUCAACACCAGGAUCCAGGACCUGACAGGGUUGGAUGUCUCCACAGCAGAAGAGCUGCAGGUAGCCAACUACGGCGUAGGAGGCCAGUAUGAGCCUCAUUUUGAUUUUGGAAGGAAAGAUGAGCCAGAUGCUUUUAAGGAACUGGGAACAGGCAACAGAAUUGCUACUUGGUUGUUUUAUAUGAGUGAUGUGUCAGCAGGGGGAGCCACCGUCUUCCCUGAAGUGGGAGCUAGUGUUUGGCCAAGAAAGGGAACAGCUGUGUUCUGGUACAAUCUCUUCCCAAGUGGAGAAGGCGAUUACAGCACACGGCAUGCGGCCUGCCCGGUGCUAGUGGGAAAUAAAUGGGUCUCCAAUAAGUGGCUCCACGAGCGGGGGCAGGAGUUCCGCCGACCAUGCACGUUAUCGGAGCUGGAAUGAGCAGCCUGGCCUCCUGUGUACUCAGUGUGUGGGACAUGCACACACCUGCCAGUUUACAGCUGACUAACAAACACUCCACUACAGGUGCCAGCUGUGGACAGGACAAACAUGCUUUUAGUUCCCUCCAAAUCCCCCCUGAAGUUUAUCAUCAGAAAAUAUUGAGGUUGACAAGUGUUACUGAAAAAAAAAAAAAAAAAAAAGACAAAAUACAGGCAAGGGCCACAACUUAACAGUGUUGUUCUUUCUGUGUGGUGUUCCUGUCACCAUCAUCCCUCUGAGCAGUGUGGGCAGCCAGGAGUUGUCUGGAUUCCUCCUCACACCUGCCAGGCUUAGGACAGGAUGAUUGCCUGGGAGGGCUUCUUCUAAGGAAUGCUGAAUUAAACCCACUCCCAUUUCUCAAUUCCCAGACACUCGACUCUUUACUUUCCUAGAGUAGAGUGCCUCACUACUGCAGGCAUGUUUUGUUUUUUUCUCUCUGGAAAACAGGUUAUUAGCAUGUUUUAGCCUGGUUCUCCACUUCCACAAAAGCCCCACUUUUUAAACUUGUCCUCCUUCUCAGACUGGGUGGAGAAUUUGGCUCUUAAUCUUGACCACAUGAGCCAGCAGUUCCACAGGCAGAGUCAGGAUGCUUCCAGUGUCAGAGCAGCCUGGGGUCACCCACACCCCAUCUUCCCUCCUCUUCUGCAAUGUUUGUCCACACAAAAAAAUGCUACUUUUGUUCUGUCCUGUCAGCCAGCUCUUCCCUCUGCUCCUUGGGCAGCGGGGAUGGGGAUGUUCCCAUCUUCAUUAAUCAGAAUUGUUGUGCCUUAGGACACUGGAAUUUCAAAUUGGUUCUGAGACUUCAGGUGCUGAGGUAACACAGAGUCCUCACAGAACACCUCCUGCCCUCGUCCUCCUCCCAGCUCUCAAGGUUUCAGGAGAAAGUCUCAGCUUAUUUAUAGUCCUGAAGCUUUUUUUAGAUGGCAUGCUCACUCCCUGAACCCUUUCCCUUCCACAGCAGGAUUUUUACCAAAAUAUCCAAAUAUCUCACUAGCAUGAAGACAAAAAACAAAGGAAGCUGCAACUGCCUCUACCUAAGCAGUCCAAUUUUCUGGAUGAUGAUGAUUUUACUGAUUUAGGGGUCAAGCCUCAAGUUCUUACCAAGGGAAAAAUUCCAAUUUUGGUUAAUUGGUUUUUCUGCCUCAAUAAAAUCUUGACAUUUGAGCCAAAAUGUAUAAAACCUAUUCUUAAAUGUGCUAGAAAUACCUCUGGAUUAUUGGGAAUGUAGUUUAAGGUACUAUAGUUGGAAGAACUGCACACUUUCAGAAGACACUUUAAAAGGUUGGUGCUAGAAAAUAAUUCUUAAAUUUCUACUGAGUCAGGUAGCAGUGGGACCCACAGAACUGCCCCUCCUUAGCCUUGCACCUUCCUGAAUUUUGCCUGGCUUUAGCAGCUGGAAAACAAGGUCCAUCCAUAAUAUGAGAACACAAAGUCUCCACAGUCCCACCUCACAGCUGUACUGCUCCUUUACCAAGAGCAGGAGCUGAUCAAAAUAAAUUCACCUCAGAACUGCAUUAGCAGAGCUGAUCUUUAAGCACUAAAUUGUAACAGUUUUAAAAAACCCACACUCAUAUGAUUUGUACCUACCUGAGUUUUCUCACUUUUUCAUCCAUCUCUCUUCCUAUCCAUAGUUCUCUCUUCCCUCUUUCCCAUCUCUUAGUUUGUUAAGCUCCAAAAAGGUAACCAUGGCUGCAGGUACCUCCCACCACAUGCCUGCAAGUAAAAGGGUAAAUAAACUGUGGUGUUGGGAAAUCCUGCCUUUGGGGCAUCCAUAAAUGCUUGUCGGGAAGCCAGUCCUACCUAGUAAAGAAGCACAAAACAAAAUCCCUUUAUUACCAUCAAGAACAGGUGUGGAAAACACCUGCAUUUGCUCUUACCAUCUCUGUUCAAUAAUCACCAAAGCAUGAAAAAAUGCCAGAGUUGGGGAAUUUUGCUCAGCAGUUCCCUCCCUCGCCUCAAUACCAGUGAGUACAUCUAGUGUUAGUCUCAGGCAUUGCUUGGGGAGAACAGAUGUUCUGGAGCACUGUUUUAAAGCAGUGAACCACUCACAGAUAAUUCUUCAAGAAAGACUUUUCUACUUUUGGCAGUAGAGAAUUUUACUUGGUUAAAGUAAAAAAAAAAAAAAAAAAAAAAAAAAACUCUCAAAUCUCGAGUCUGCUGAGGCACAUCAGGAAUGUUUCAGAUUAUGACAAGGUUGGCUUAGAUUUUCAAACUGCAGACAAUCUGUUCCUCUCCCUUCACUUCAGUGGUGUCCAUGAAUCCAGUGCUGACUGUGUAAGGGAUUACACUGGUGCUGCUGCUUCUGCCUUAACCCAUAAUUUCUCAGAGGGCUUUUGGAUCCCCAGCAUGGCUCCUGUGUGAAUCUAGUUUUGUAUUAAGCAUGAUUGAAAACUGUCUGGGUUCAUCGUGACUGACAACUGAGAAACUGCCUUACUGUUACCUUUUUUUUUGUAAUAAAAUUUUUAAUGUUAAAAAAAAAAAAAAAAGUGAACAGGCUUAAAAUAAAAGCCACUGCCAUUAGCAGUGAGAAAUCCUCCAC